AUGAAUUGUGUAAAUUGCAAUACAAAAGUGGAAAAUCCUGAUCCGAUGACCCAAUGUCCUCAUUGUAAUCACGAAAACUAAGAUUGGUAUUUUGGUUGUGAAAACAAUAUACUAUUGGUUGACAUGAUUCUAUGUAAAGUGAGUGCUUAUCGACAUUUGCUAAUUAAUAGUUAAUAUACUCUAAUACCAGCCUCCUUUAUAUUAUUCAUUACUUAUAUACUAUUGGAAUUGUUUUACAAAUAUUAAUCAAACAUAUUGCAUAAAUAAGAAUAGGAAUUGAAUUUUGAAGAUGUUCAGAAAUAAACAAUAGAUAUUACACUAACAUUGUUAUCAUAAAUUGUUACAAUAUACAUUAUAUCAUUGAUAAUAUUUAGAAAAUUACAACAUUAAUAAAUGAUUAUUGGUUUGAUUUUAUCAUAAUUUGGAAGAUUAGCAAUUAUCAUGUUUGUCAUUUGGGGUCAUUAACCAUUUUAUAAAUAGAUGGCUUCCUUAUCAAUCAUAAUGAGUGAAUGGACAACUAUUAGAUCGUUGUGUGAAUACAAGAAUGAGUGGUUAAAAAGUGGAAUCGUAAUAAUUUUAACUGUACUUCUAAGAUAUUUUGUGAAUAAUAGUAUAACAAUAUUAUGA